GUUGAGUAUUAUUGUAUGAGAAACGAAACAGGAUACAGAAGCAAGAGGCAGACUUUCCUCAACACUCUUUGCUGGCCUCUCUCUCUCUCUUACAUAGUGCUCAAUUUCCCAUUGAUCUCACUCUCCACAAUUCUCUUCUCUUUCUUCUUCAACUCCAUUCACAAACGGUGCCGGGAAAGUCCAUUCCUUUUCUCAAUUCCCCGGCGAAACAAAUGCGACCCACUUUCUAGAACCUCGCCGCGUGCCGGAAAGUUCACUCCUUUCUCACUUUUCCGGCGUACCAUUACCCUCUUUUUUUUCCCGCAGCAAUGUCAAUCUUCGACGGAGCUUUCAUGAACACGCAACUCUCCAAGCACACUUCGAUCUUCGGCCUCCGUCUCUGGGUCGUGAUCGGAAUCCUCAUUGGAGUCUUCAUCGUCUUCACGCUCUUCCUCCUCUCCCUCUGCCUCGUCUCUCGCCGGAACCGCCGCCGCUCCGUCGCCGUCCCCGGCUACAAGGUCACCGGAGACGCCGACGCGGCGAAGGACAUCCACACGAUCGUGCACCUUCCCGGGCCCCACAUGCUCCGGCCGGUGGCGCCGGAGAUCCACGUGGAGAUGGGGAAGAAGACGGAGCACCGGGUGGUGGUGCAGUGCGAUGGGGUUUCGAGCGAGGAGAGUAAGGUGACGGUGGGGAGUGGGUGUGAAACGACGUCGUCUUUUGGAAGUGGGAGUGUUGGUGGGCCUGGGCUUGGGUCUGGGCCUGGGCUUGGGCCUGAGGUUUCACAUCUCGGAUGGGGGAGAUGGUACACUCUGAGGGAGCUUGAGGAUGCCACUGGAGGAUUGAGCCCUGAAAAUGUGGUUGGUGAAGGUGGCUACGGAAUUGUCUAUCAUGGAGUACUCAAUGAUGGUACCAAAAUUGCUGUCAAGAACCUCUUGAAUAACAAGGGACAAGCUGAGAAAGAAUUUAAAAUAGAGGUAGAAGCAAUUGGUCGAGUGCGACACAAAAAUCUUGUUAGGCUGCUUGGAUACUGUGUUGAGGGAGCCUACAGGAUGCUUGUGUAUGAGUAUGUAGACAAUGGCAAUCUAGAGCAAUGGCUGCAUGGGGACGUUGGAGCUGUAAGCCCUUUGACAUGGAACAUACGGAUGAACAUUAUAUUGGGAACUGCAAGAGGAUUGGCCUAUCUUCAUGAGGGUCUUGAACCGAAAGUUGUCCACCGAGAUGUGAAAUCAAGUAACAUACUUAUUGAUCGCCAAUGGAACUCCAAGGUUUCCGAUUUUGGACUUGCUAAGCUUUUGUGUUCUGAGAAUAGUUACGUCACAACUCGAGUGAUGGGGACAUUUGGUUAUGUUGCACCAGAAUAUGCAUGCACUGGAAUGCUGACUGAGAAGAGUGAUAUUUAUAGCUUUGGGAUACUUAUCAUGGAGAUAAUCACCGGAAGAAGUCCUGUUGAUUAUAGUAGACCGCAAGGAGAGGUUAAUUUAAUAGAAUGGUUGAAGACUAUGGUUGGGAAUCGAAAAUCCGAGGAAGUAGUUGAUCCUAAGCUCCCUGAGAUGCCAUUUUCAAAGGCUCUUAAACGUGCUUUGUUGAUUGCUCUUCGGUGUGUUGAUCCUGAUGCAACAAAGAGGCCAAAAAUGGGACAUGUGAUACACAUGCUUGAGGCAGACGACCUGUUAUUCCAUACUGAACAAAGAACUGAGGGAGAGUCUUCCCGUUCCUAUCAAAGUGAGCACAAGGACUCAAAUUUAGAUAAGAGAACAGGUGGAGGUGUCAUUGAUAAAAGUGAAGAUGCUAGUACUAGAUGGAGAUGAUUACAAGCUGAUAAUUUAAUAGAACUACGUGCUUAGUUUUUGGUCUCUAUCAGUUUUCCAAUUCUUGUGUCUAAGUUAAUUUUUAAAAAUGAAAGUAGUUUCUUUUUUGUUUUUUUAUUAUAUAUUAUUCCACUACGUGCUUUUUUGUUCUUUAUUAUAUAGUUUUCCACUGUAGUUUCUUAACUAUCUAUAGUUUCUUUUCUGAUUCGUUAUUAUAAAAUAAAAAUAUUUAUGGCUA